AUGCCGACCAAGUAUGGAUCACCUACAGUGGGCAGAGACGUCGAUACCCAAUGGGUCCAAUGGCUCGCCAGACGCAAAACCCCAAUUGCUUCACCACCAUCUUCGUCGACCCCGGUGCCAAUGCCAUCAGCCACCCUUUAUGACUCGGGUCCUCUGCACUCCCGCACUACCGGCACCAGCUACUUUGCUCUACUCUCCGCUGCCCAAGGCCAGCAGCAACCACGUCGCCAGGGCAGGCCGCAGACACCGUCUCCAUCAAUGGACUCCUCCUGGGGGACCUGGCUCUUCGACCGGGGGCCACGAGGAUCCAAGCGGCCAACAAGUGCAGGAGUCAAUCCGCAGAUGCAAACCACUUCAAUCGAACCGCAAUUAACAUCCACGGCUCCCGCAUUCGCGGUCUCAAGCCUUGACCCCCUCCACUUCCCUUUGACUACCCCGCUUAUGGACUCGGAGUCUAUUCCCGGAGUUUCGGAUGAGGCGUUGGGUGAAUUUGACUUGGGCUUGGACUUGGAUUUGACGGGGCAAGGUGCUGAAUUGCUUACUUGGUUGGAUGAAGAGUAUUCAUUUACGAUGGAGACGCCCGUGUGUUCUGGGAAGCGCGGUCUUGAUUCUCCGCGGGAAUUGUCGGUCAGUAAGAAGCAGAUAGUGGAUUGUCGGUCGGAUCUUGGUAGGGCUCCGAAAGGAAUAUAUGGAUGCGAAUAUAGGCCUUAUUCGAAUAUCUAA